AUGGCGUCUUUCGGCAAUCCCACACAGAUCUUUGGCGACGAUGUCAUUGAGGAGAAGGGCGAGAAUGCCCGUCUGUCUGCCUUCGUCGGUGCUAUCGCCGUCGGAGAUCUCGUGAAGAGUACCCUCGGCCCCAAGGGAAUGGAUAAGAUUUUACAGUCUGCCUCAACGGGAGAGAUCCUCGUGACGAACGACGGUGCUACGAUCUUGAAGUCUAUUGCUCUGGAUAACGCUGCGGCUAAGGUGUUGGUCAACAUUUCCAAGGUUCAGGACGACGAGGUGGGUGAUGGAACUACAUCGGUUACCGUUCUCGCCGCCGAGCUCCUCCGUGAGGCCGAACAGCUCGUUGCCAAGAAGAUUCACCCCCAGACUAUCAUCGAGGGAUACCGGAUAGCCAGCAAGGCUGCCCUGGCCGCUCUUGAGGCUACGGCCGUCGACCGCAGCCAAGACCCCGAGGCUUUCCGUAAGGACCUGCACGCCAUCGCCCGCACAACACUCAGCUCGAAGGUGCUUGCACAAGAUCGUGACCAGUUCGCCCAGUUGGCCUGUGAGGCCGUCCUCCGUCUCAAGGGCUCCACGGACCUUUCCCACAUCCAGAUUAUUAAGAAAGCCGGUGGCAAGCUCAGCGACUCAUACUUGGACGAGGGCUUCAUUCUGGACAAGAAAAUCGGUGUCAAUCAGCCCAAGCGUCUGGAGAAUGCCAAGAUCCUGGUUGCCAACACGGCAAUGGACACUGAUAAGGUCAAGAUUUUCGGUGCACGAGUCAAGGUCGAGUCCACAGGCAAGCUCGCCGAGUUGGAGAAGGCCGAGCGUGAGAAGAUGCGCGCCAAGGUUGAGCGCAUCAAGGCUCACGGUAUCAACUGCUUCGUCAACCGUCAGCUGAUCUACAACUGGCCCGAGCAGCUGUUCACCGAGGCCGGCAUCAUGUCCAUUGAGCACGCCGACUUUGACGGUAUUGAGCGUCUCGCUCUCGUUACUGGCGGCGAGAUUGCCUCUACCUUCGACCACCCCGAACAAGUCAAGCUCGGAUCUUGUGAUUUGAUUGAGGAAGUUAUCAUUGGUGAGGACACUCUCAUCAAGUUCUCUGGUGUGGCCGCUGGCCAGGCCUGCACCAUUGUGCUGCGCGGUGCCACCGAGCAGCUCCUCGACGAGGCUGAGCGUUCGCUCCACGAUGCCCUCGCCGUUCUGUCUCAGACCGUCAAGGACCCCCGCGUCACACUCGGUGGUGGUUCCGCCGAGAUGGUCAUGUCCAAGGCUGUCGAACAGGCUGCCCAGAACACAACCGGCAAGAAGCAGCUUGCCGUCGACUCUUUCGCCCAGGCUCUUAAGCAGCUCCCCACCAUUCUGGCUGACAACGCCGGUCUCGACUCCUCCGAUCUCGUCACCCGUCUGCGCCAGGCCAUCAACAAUGGCAUGACCAGCUCCGGUCUUGACCUGUUGACACCCGGUGGUGGUAUUGCUGAUAUGCGUGAUCUCGGUGUGGUGGAGGCUUACAAGCUGAAGAAGGCUGUUGUCUCUUCCGCUUCAGAGGCUGCUGAGCUUCUGCUGCGGGUGGAUAACAUCAUCCGUUCAGCUCCCCGCCGACGCGACCGAAUGUAA